AUGUACAGCGACAACGCCACGAACUUCGUGGGAGCGAGCAACGUGCUCAAGGAUCUGAGCGGAGCGUUCCACCGCAGUCAGGAACAAUUGAGAGGAUACGUGGCUCAGAGAGCCGUCGAGUGGUGUUUCAUACCGCCGAGGUCACCACACUUCGGAGGACUGUGGGAGGCAGCAGUCAAGGCCGCCAAACACCGGCUGCUUCGAGGAGUCGGCAACGCCAAGCUGACAGCGGACGAGCUCAGCACCCACCUGGUCGAGGUAGAGGCGCUGCUCAAUUCUCGACCAAUCGCGUCGCCAGGCAACGAUCCCAAUGAUGGAGAGGCCCUGACUCCAGGACAUCUGCUUAUCGGACAGCCUCUGAUCACGCUGCCGCAAGAGUCCGACACAGACGGAAUCUCCAGCAAGGCCAGUUGCGGAUAUUUGAGGCGGUGGCGAAUGCUGUCCGAUCUCAAGCAGCAGUUUUGGGCCAGCUGGUCCAAGGACUACAUCGCCAGCCUGCAGCAUCGCAACAAGUGGUGCGUCGAGGGCCGCGAUCUGGAGGUCGGGUGCCUGGUGCUCGUGCACGAGGACAACAUGCCACCGCAAAGAUGGCUCACAGGCCGCGUGGUGGCAACCACAGUCGGUGAGGACGGAAGAGUGCGUGUGGCGGAGGUACGGACAUCAGGAGGCGUCAUCAAGCGCGCCAUCCACAAGCUGGCAUUGCUGCCAGUAAGCAACGCUCCUAACGAGGAGGUUAAAGCGCCGAAGGCCUUCAACGGGGCCGGAAUGUUGAUUUUUUAA